AAUCAUCCCUGCCCUUCCCUCAGAUGCGCUCCUCUUUCCCGCGCUUUUCAGGGAAUCCUGUAAAUUUACGGAAAAUACACUAGAGGGCGCAUUCUGCCAAGAGAAGGGAACUCCAGGCGCUUCCCCAUUGGGCCACUGGAGGACGAAAGACAGGGCUGCCUUUGUAGAGGAGGCUUGGAAGGAAAUGACGUCACACAACCUUGCCGCUCUAGGAGGCCGCACUUGCUCUCCUUAACCCCUGGCGCUCCGCAGGAGGCGGAGGACCUGCGGGAGAGUCUGGCGGGGGGAGAUCAAGACGUUCCCCUGAUACACAAAGUCGAAACCAUUUGAAAUCCUUGCAAACCAAAAUUUUCUCUGGCUGGGAAAAAAAAGAGCGGAAUCCCUUGGAGGGAUCAGUUGUGGAGCACCAGAAAUGGUCCCGUGAAGGAAAAAGCAUCUGGAGACCCACCAGAGUCCUUGGAGCCAUUUGCAGUUGCUCUGCAGGACAGAGAAAGGAUGGAGACACAACCUUUUGGAAAGGAGGGAAGCGGAAAAGGCCCUUCAGCUGCUCAGCCUGGGAAGGGGGGGAAGCUCUGGAGAAGGACUGGGCAGGAGAUCCUGGAGGAGGAAACCAUCCUCCCUUCAGAAAUUCAGCCUUGGAAGUUCCUCCAAUACUGGGAGGCUGAGGGUCCCCGAGGACUUUGCAGCCGACUCCAUGAUUUUAGUAGGCAAUGGCUGAGACCAGAAAAGCACACCAAAGCUCAGAUGCUGGACCUGGUGGUUCUGGAGCAGCUCCUCUUCCUUCUGCCCCCAGAGAUGGAGGGCUGGGUGCGGGAGUGUGGAGCAGAGACCAGCUCCCAGGCGGUGGCCCUGGCUGAAGGCUUCCUCCUGAACCAGGCAGAGGAGCAGAAGGAGCAGGUCAAGUUGCAGUGCUGCACUGUGGAGAUCAGAGAUCCCGAGGGAAAGAAGAAUCCAUCAAAUCCCCCUCAGGACCUAUUUUUCAGGAGGAUCCCUUGGGAAGAUCAAAAUCAGGACACUUCAGGAGAGAAACAAAGCAUGAAGUUUUCGGGUUUUUACGUUGGAGAUCAGACACUGGUUGAACUUCCAAAUCAAAUUGUUAAUUCCAUUGACCAUGUUCGGGUAACAUCAAAUCCUGCUUCCAACAGUGUAUUUAGUAUCUUCAAUUACCAUCUGCCCCCAUCAUUGGAGAGUCUUGUGUCCUUUGAGGAGGUGGCUGUGUAUUUCUCUGAGGAGGAAUGGUCUCAGCUGGAUCCUGACCAAAAAGCGCUGCAUUCGGAAGUCAUGCUUGAAAACCAUAGGAACGUGGUCUCUCUGGGUAAUAAUGGGCAGGAGAAUCAAGAUUCCUGUGAACUGUUCCAAGUGACCAAUGCUAAAGAUGAAACAGAGAAGUUUGGAUUUCGAAUGGAAUUCGAAAGCCAUGAGAGAAGCCAGUCAAAUAAUUGGAAUCAGGAUAGCUCAUAUUCCACUGAUGCUCCAAUGCAAGACUUUCUUGCCCAACAAGAGAAAAUAAGGAAAAAAUAUAUUGGGAAAAGUGUAAACGAAGACUAUUUAACCCAAAACAAAGGAAAAGAUGCUAUAGGAUACAAUGGACAAAAUUACAAUGGGACAUUCAUUUAUUCUGUUGAAAAUAACUUCUUUACAUCUGAAAAAGUGAUUCACACAAAAAAGGAGCCUUAUGAAUGUUUGGAAUCUGGAAAACAUUUUGGAACAAGCUGGCAACUUACUUCCCAUGAAAUGAUUCACACUGGAGAGAAACUGUGUUCAGAAUCCCCUGUAGCCCAGUCCCUCCAAGCAGCAGGAGAGAAACCCUAUAAAUGCAUGGAGUGUGGAAAGACCUUUGCUCAGCGCAGGUAUCUUGCUUCCCAUAAGAUGAUCCACACAGGGGAGAAACCCUAUAAAUGCAUGGAGUGUGGAAAGACCUUUGCUCAAAGAGGUAAUCUUGCUUACCAUAAGAUGAUCCACUCAGAAGAGAAACCAUUUAAAUGCAUGGAGUGCGGACAGACCUUUGCUCAUAGAAGUAAACUUAAUUCCCAUAAGAUUAUCCACGCAGGGGAGAAGCCAUACAAAUGCAUGGAGUGUGGAAAGACCUUUUCUCGAAGAAGUAAUCUUAUUUCCCAUAAGAUGAUCCACACAGGGGAGACGCCGUAUAAAUGCAUGGAGUGUGGAAAGACCUUUAUUUAUAGCAAUGGACUUAGAUACCACAAAAUGAUCCAUACAGGAGAGAAACCAUAUACAUGCAUGGAGUGCGGAAAGACCUUUGCUCAACGCAGUUAUCUUGCGUCCCAUAAGAUGAUCCACACAGGGGAAAAGCUAUUUAAAUGUAUGGAGUGUGGAAAGACCUUUGCUCGAAGAGAUAAUCUUAUUUCCCAUAAGAUGAUCCACACAGGGGAGAAGCCAUUUAAAUGCAUGGAGUGUGGAAAGACCUUUGCUAAAAGAGGUAAUCUUGCUUACCAUAAGAUGAUCCACUCAGAAGAGAAACCAUUUAAAUGCAUGGAGUGUGGAAAGACCUUUGCUCAUAGAAGUAAACUUAAUUCCCAUAAGAUUAUCCACACAGGGGAGAAGCCAUACAAAUGCAUGGAGUGUGGAAAGACCUUUUCUCGAAGAAUUAAUCUUAUUUCCCAUAAGAUGAUCCACACAGGGGAGACGCCGUAUAAAUGCAUGGAGUGUGGAAAGAUGUUUACUAAGAGUAGUUCUCUUACUUCUCAUAAGAUGAUCCACACAGGGAAGAAACCAUUUAAAUGCAUGGAGUGUGGAAACAGGUUUGCUCAGAGCAGUGGACUGGCUAACCACAGAAAGAUCCACACAGGGGAAAAGCCAUUUAAAUGCAUGCAGUGUGGAAAGACUUUUGCUCAACGCCGCUAUCUUGCUUCCCAUGAAAUGAUCCACACAAGAGAAGCCCUCUUUCUCAAAGUGUUACUGCAGCAGCUGCCUGAAAAAUGCUUGCAACGGCUGCUGGAUACGGAGUGUCUUGUCCCAUGCCUCUGCCUGCUGCCAAUGCCGCCUGCAGCAGUUGAAAGGAAAAAGUGGGACUCCGCAGUGCCGCCCCUUGCACUGCGGAAGGCUGGCUGUGGUGGGGCUGGGAGCAUGCGCACAAGUGGGAAGAGCCACCUCAAGCGGCCGGGCCUCAUCAUGAGGAUUUGGACCCUUUUGAAGCCUCCACAGACGGUUCCUGGACAGGCAGGAGAGGAAAUGGCGGAAUUGCUGACUCUGGAGACCAAAAAGCUUUUCUUGGGCAGGGAGGCAUUGAGAGGGGCCUUUUCUCCUACUCCCAUGCCCAUCAUCCCUGCCCUUCCCUCAGAUGCGCUCCUCUUUCCCGCGCUUUUCAGGGAAUCCUAUCCUUGCAAACUAAAAUUUUCUCUUGGGGGAAGAAAAAAGAGCGGAAUCCCUUGGAGGGCUCAGUUGUGGAGCACCAGAAAUGGUCCCGUGAAGGAAAAGGCAUCUGGAGACCCACCAGAGUCCUUGGAGCCAUUUGCAGUUGCUCUGCAGGACAGAGAAAGGAUGGAGACACAACCUUUUGGAAAGGAGGGAAGCGGAAAAGGCCCUUCAGCUGCUCAGCCUGGGAAGCGGGGGAAGCUCUGGACAAGGACUGGGCAGAAGAUCCUGGAGGAGGAAACCAUCCUCCCUUCACAAGUUCAGCCCUGGAACUUCAUCCAAUACUGUGAGGCUGAGGGUCCCCGAGGACUUUGCAGCCGACUCCAUGAUUUUAGUAGGCGAUGGCUGAGACCAGAAAAACACACCAAAGCCCAGAUGUUGGACCUGGUGGUUCUGGAGCAGCUCCUGUUCCUUCUGCCCCCAGAGAUGGAGGGCUGGGUGCGGGAGUGUGGAGCAGAGACCAGCUCCCAAGCGGUGGCCCUGGCUGAAGGCUUCCUCUUGAGCCAGGUGGAGGAGCAGAAGGAGCAGGUCGAGUUGCAGAAGCGCUGUACUGUGGAGAUCAGAGAUCCUGAGGGAAAGAAGAAUUCAUCAAAUCCCCCUCAGGACCUAUUUUUCAGGAGGAUCCCUUCGGAAGAUCAAAAUCAGGACACUUCAGGAGAGAAACAAAGCAUGAAGUUUUCGGGUUUUUACGAUGGAGCUCAGACACUAGUUGAACUUCCAAAUCAAGAGAGUCUUGUGUCCUUCGAGGAGGUGGCUGUGUAUUUCUCUGAGGAGGAAUGGUCUCAGCUGGAUCCUGACCAAAAAGCCCUGCAUUCGGAAGUCAUGCUUGAAAACCAUAGGAACGUGGUCUCUCUGGGUAAUAAUGGGCAGGAGAAUCAAGAUUCCUGUGAACUGUUCCAAGUGACCAAUGCUAAAGAUGAAACAGAGAAGUUUGGAUUUCGAAUGGAAUUCGAAAGCCAUGAGAGAAGCCAGUCAAAUAAUUGGAAUCAGGAUAGCUCAUAUUCCACUGAUGCUCCAAUGCAAGACUUUCUUGCCCAACAAGAGAAAAAAUAUAUUGGGAAAAGUGUAAAUGAAGACUAUUUAACCCAAAACAAAGGAAAAGAUGCUUUAAGAUACCAUGGACAAAAUUACAAUGGGAUAUUCAUUGAUUCUUUUGGAAAUAACUUCUUUACAUCUGAAAAAGUGAUUCACACAAAAAAGGAGCCUUAUGAAUGUUUGGAAUCUGGAAAACAUUUUGGAAUAAGCUGGCAACUUACUUUCCAUGAAAGGAUUCACACCGGGGAGAAACUGUGUUCAGAAUCCCCUUUAGCCCAGGCAGCCCAAUCCCUCCAAGCAGCAGGAGAGAAACCCUAUAAAUGCAUGGAAUGUGGAAAGACCUUUGCUCAGCGCAGGUAUCUUGCUUCCCAUAAGAGAAUCCACACAGGGGAAAAGCCAUUUAAAUGCAUGGAGUGUGGAAAGACCUUUGCUCAAAGACGUAAUCUUAUUUCCCAUAAGAUGAUCCACACAGGGAAGAAACCAUAUAAAUGCAUGGAGUGUGGAAAGACCUUUACUCAAAGAGGUCAUCUUAUUUCCCAUAAGAUGAUCCACACAGGGGAGAAGCCAUUUAAAUGCAUGGAGUGUGGAAAGACCUUUACUCAAAGAGGUCAUCUUAUUUCUCAUAAGAUGAUCCACACAGGGAAGAAACCAUAUAAAUGCAUGGAGUGUGGAAAGACCUUUGCUCAUAGAAGUAAACUUAAUUCCCAUAAGAUGAUCCACACAGUGGAGAAGCCAUACAAAUGCAUGGAGUGUGGAAAGACCUUUGCUCAAAGAGUUCAUCUUAUUUCCCAUAAGAUGAUCCACACAGGGGAAAAGCCAUUUAAAUGCAUGGAGUGUGGAAAGACCUUUGCUCAACGCAGUUAUCUUGCUUCCCAUAAAAAGAUCCACUUGGAAGAGAAACCAUUUAAAUGCAUGGAGUGUGGAAAGAUGUAUACUAAGCGCAGUGCUCUUACUUCUCAUAAGAUUAUCCACACGGGGGAGAAACCAUACAAAUGCAUGGAGUGUGGAAAGACCUUUGCUCAACGCAGUUAUCUUGCUUCCCAUAAAAAUAUCCACUUAGAAGAGAAACCAUUUAAAUGCAUGGAGUGUGGAAAGACAUUUACUGAUAGUAGGGCUCUUACUUCUCAUAAAAUGAUCCACACGGGGGAGAAACCAUACAAAUGCAUGGAGUGUGGAAAGACCUUUGCUCAACGCAGUUAUCUUGCUUCCCAUAAAAAUAUCCACUUAGAAGAGAAACCAUUUAAAUGUAUGGAGUGUGGAAAGACAUUUACUGAUAGUAGGGCUCUUACUUCUCAUAAGAUGAUCCACACGGGGGAGAAACCAUACAAAUGCAUGGAGUGUGGAAAGACCUUUGCUCAACGCAGUUAUCUUGCUUCCCAUAAAAAUAUCCACUUAGAAGAGAAACCAUUUAAAUGCAUGGAGUGUGGAAAGACGUUUACUGAUAGUAGGGCUCUUACUUCUCAUAAGAUAAUCCACACAGGGGAGAAGCCGUAUAAAUGCAUGGACUGUGGAAAGACCUUUGGUCAACGCAGUUAUCUUACUUCCCAUAAGAUGAUCCACUCAGAAGAGAAACCAUUUAAAUGCAUGGAGUGUGGAAAGACCUUUGCUCAUAGAAGUAAACUUAAUUCCCAUAAGAUUAUCCACACAGGAGAGAAGCCAUACAAAUGCAUGGAAUGUGGAAAGACCUUUCCUCGAAGAGGUAAUCUUAUUUCCCAUAAGAUGAUCCACACAGGGGAGAAGCCAUUUAAAUGCCUGGAGUGUGGAAACACGUUUGCUCAGAGCAGUGGACUGACUAACCACAGAAAGAUCCACACCGGGGAAAAGCCAUUUAAAUGCAUGCAGUGUGGAAAGAGUUUUGCUCAACGCCGCUAUCUUGCCUCCCAUGAAAUGAUCCACACGAGAAGCUGUAUAAAUGCAUGGAGUGUGGAAAGAUGGAAGCCAUAGACCUGAGCGAGUCUGUGGAGUGGAAAUACCAGAGCGUGCUCCGCAGCCAGAUCUUGGAGCGGCUGCCUGAGAAAUUCAACAAGCUGAACUUGGGCAGCCUGGGGCAUUCACACCAGAUCGGGAGCGGCUGCACGUCCCAUAAGGAGCCAACUUUGACAAUAUUCCAAGUGCGGUCUUACAAGGCAUUGUAAAGCUGUACUAACACUUUAUGUGGGAGUGUGGGAGCACCCGCCCUCUGGAACGAGCUACCUCCCGUAAUACGACUGAUUCCAGAUCUCCGUAUUUUCCGUAAGACCCUGAAGACGUUUUUAUUUCAGCAAGCCGGCCUGGCCUGAAUAGGUUUUAUGGGUUAGUUUUUAAUGGAAUAGCUUGGGGUUGUAAAUUGGGAGGCCGAUUAAUUUAAUUUAUUUUUAGUUAUCUUAACUUUUAUAUUGUAUGUUAUCUUAGUUUUCAGCUGUUCACCGCCCUGAGUCCCUUCGGGGAGAAGGGCGGUAUAUAAAUUCAAUCAAUCAAUCAAUCAAUCAAUCAAUCAAUCAAUCAAUAAAUAAAUAAAUAAAUAAAUAAAUAAUAAAUAAUAAAUAAAUAAUAAAUAAUAAAUAAAUAAUAAAUAAUAAAUAAAUAAAUAAAUAAAUAAAUAAAUGUGGUCUUGAUUCUAUCCCUCUUAAUGCAGCCUAUGAUUGAGUUGGGUUUUUUGGCAACUGCUGACUUGUGUUUAAUGAUUGUCCACUAGGACUCCAAGAUCCCCGUUGCACUUUCUACUGUUGAGCCAGAUAUCACCUAUUCUAUGCCUAUGUAUUUAGUUUUUCUUUCCUAAAUAAAGAACCUUACAUUUCUCAAA